GUGUUGUGCGAAUCGUCCGAAAAAGAAACCCUGCACCCAGCGGUGAGAGACAAACCGUCUCUGACUUCGCGACUGUGGAUUACAUUUGGACGGAAAAUCGAACCCGAUUUGCUCUCCAAUCACGGAGAACCGUUCGAAGCGCACAGCUAGUGGCGCAUGCGUUCCGUGGCCAGACAACAACCGAAAAACAUUUGGUUCAGUUCACUUUAGUGUUUUUCGUGAUAAGGUGAUGUUCAACCGUCCGACCUGCUUGGAAUUUCAAGUUCAAGUGCAGAUUCAAACCAAAAAGAACGGCCCCACGGAAAGCCAGAUGCACUAGAGUGCAUCGCCGUCAGUGAGACUUCAGCCCAAACCACCCGUCACAUUAGGCGUGCAACCGAGUGGAAAACUCACAACACACAACGGACUCAGUAAUUAGUAACCCACACACCGGGUAGUAAAUAUUGGUAGACCGAAACUCGUACAGAGAAAGAGUGAACUGCGCGCGCGUUUGCUCAUCCAUCAUUGGAGCUGCGCUCGGUCGCUCGAUGACGCUCUCGAUGACUGCCACGGCAGGAGUGUGAGUUUCGCGACUGCUUGGUGACCGAGAAUCGCGCACGCCAAUCGAUCCAUUUCGCGAAGGUUUGGCGCGGAGUUGCUCGCAGACGAUCGGCUCAACCGGACGGACUUUUUUCCUCCAGUGCGCCGCGUAUCCGAUCGAAUAGCGGUGGCUUUAGUUCGGUGUGGUUCCCAGGACAAACGUUAGUAGCUGGGGAAAGUGUUCUUUGACAAACGAAACUUAACCAAUAAACAAUCGAAAGUAGUCCCGCGGAUAAGGCCAACUGGGAAGGUCGGAGGUCUACAAGUUUUGUGUCUUUCACUCUUCGUUCCAUUCGUUCUGACAACUGGUGCAACAGCAGUAACAGCAGCAGCAGCAGCAUGGCGGUCGAUCAUACGCUGGAGGAGCUGAUGGGAAUGUUGGGUGACUUCGGUCGUUACCAAGCGUUCCAGUUCAUCCUGCAUCUGUUGGCGGCGGUAACAGCCGGUCUGCAUAUGCUGUCGCUGGUAACGGUGGCCGCUAUUCCGGAACAUCGCUGUUUUAUCGAUGCUAUCGAUUCGGUGAACGCUACCAGUUCGCUGGUGGACUUCGACACCCUGUCAGAAUACAUUCCACUGAACAAAGAUGGCGAGCUGGAUUCGUGUCUGAUGUUCGCGUCCGGUUCGUCCGCGAAUGCCACCGUCGCUUGUGGUUCUUAUGUGUACAACAAUACUUACUACCAAUCAUCCCGGACGAUCGAGUGGAAUCUGGUGUGCGAUCGACGCUGGAUGGGUGCCCUGGGACAGACGAUCUACAUGCUGGGAGUCUUCACUGGUGCGGUGUGGUUGGGUGGUCUAGCUGAUAAGAUCGGUCGCAAGAAGGUGUUCUGCUGGUCCGGAUUGCUGCAGUUGAUCCUGGGAGUGGCAGUUGCCUUCACACCGGAAUAUUACUCCUUCUUGGUUCUUCGAUAUCUGUAUGGUAUUUUUGGUAGCGCUGGAAGUUACAUUACCGGAUUCGUGUUGACCAUGGAGCUGGUUGGACCGAGCAAACGAACACCGUGUGGCAUAUCCUUCCAGGCGGCUUUCGCUGGUGGCAUCAUUCUGGUAGCAGCGUGGGGUGCCCUGAUUACUGAUCGAUUGAUUCUACAAGUCGUCUAUGGACUGCACGGUGUACUACUGAUCGCUCACUGGUGGGUCAUGGAUGAGUCUCCGCGUUGGCUGUGGAUGCAGAAUCGUAAGCGAGAAGCCAUUGAUAUUAUUGCCAAAGCUGUUCGCAUGAACGGACGCGGAUUGAACGUUGAUAAAGAGUACUACCUUUCAAAGGACAAAUCUAGCUAUUCUGUGGAAUCCACACCGAAAGCAAGUGCCGGGUUGAGUGACCUGUUCAAAACCCCGAAUCUCCGCAAAAUGACACUGAACGUGUGCCUGUGUUGGUUUGCCAACUCGAUCACGUACUACGGCCUAUCGCUUAGCUCCGGAAAACUAGGUGGAAAUCCCUUCUUAAUUCUGUUCUUGAUGGCAUUGGUUGAAAUGCCCAGCUACAUUGCGAUCAGUUUCUUACUGGACAAAUUAGGUCGCCGCUCGAUUACCAGCUCACUCAUGAUUGUCGGAGGCAUUUGUUGUAUCGUAGCUGCGUAUCUCACUCGAGGAAGUAUCGAAUCUACCACAAUCGUAAUGUUCGGCAAGCUGUUCAUCGCCGGUUCGUUUGCCGUCAUUUACAAUUAUUCAGCCGAACUGUUUCCGACAGUGGUGCGAAACUCCGCCAUGGGAUUGGGAUCGAUGUGCGCCCGUUUGGCCGGUGCUUCGACACCGAUGAUUAUCCUGUUCGAUUCUUUCGAUCCGAAAAUUCCGGCAGUACUGUUUGGUGUUAUGUCGCUGAUCUCCGGUACUUGGGUACUGUUCCUGCCGGAAACCAACGGAAAACCAAUGCCCCAGAGCUUACAGGAUGGAGAGAACUUUGGCCGGGGCGAUACGGCGUUUUCGAGCUGCUUGGGACGAAACAAGACCCAUAUAGAGGAUAUGCCACCGGCUCAGCAGAUGGUUCCGUUGCAGACGAUCGAGCGGUAGAAUCCGGGAGCCAGAAUUCAAGUUUGAUUCCCCUGUCUUUUGUAUAGAUUAAGCUUGAAUGUUAGACAAACACUGCUUUCGGAACAUUUGACGCGAGGGUUGUGAGUGUGAUGCAUGUGUGAAUAAUGUGGUAUGCUUGAAUGUUGCGAAAAAGAAGUAGCAAAAUCUGUACAUUGUAAAGUGAAAUAGUGUGGAAUAAAUUUUAGAACAAUUAUUGAUAUGUAACAAA